AUGUUACCAGGGCUGCCAAAUUCAAAAACUAAAGCUGAAUAUUUAGUUAAAGUAAAAAAUUUUGCUAAUGAUUUAUCCGAACGUCUUAAAACGAACUAUUUCUUGCUUGCUGAACAACCAUUCUAUAAACAUCAAGCAAAUAAUAAUAAUACUCCACUUCUUAACGACCAUGAUGAUAAUAGUAAUCCAGUAGGAAUUCGUCAACGUUGUCAACCUCUAAAAGCAUUACUAGAAAGCUUAAAACCAACAAUAAAAAAUAAUAAUCAAUAA